GACAUGCGCGUGGAACCGCGUCCGUGAAACGAACAGGGAGAGUGCGCGUUCCUGAUCAGUAGUAGCACACUUUCAUCGUGGCGAGGAAAGUGAGUAAGUCGAGUGAUUCGUUUCGUCCACGUCUGAGGAAUCAUCCACGCUAUACACACGGUAUACACGAGCGCGCGCUCUGCCCACGAAAAUCAUUUGCACGAGUGAGAGAAGCUCUCGUGGCAAAAAAGAGAAAGAAAGAAAGAAAGAGAGGAGUAAGCAUUAAGAGAAAGGAAGAAACAUCUCAACGAAUUCCAUUCGAUNNAGGAAAAAUUAUCGUUUUUUACUCAUGUAAUCGGGUGGGGUGCUUGUUAAGAGAACGAAUUACUCAAGAAAGUCGAAAUAAGAAGGAAUUAAUAAUUGUGUAGCGUUUGCUCGUAUAGAGAAAUACGAAUAGAAAAAUACGAAUGAACAAAGAAAGAAAAAAAAAUGAUUCAUGAAGUCGCGUGUCCAUUCGGUUUCGCCCUUUCCAAGGGGAGAAUAGAGGAGGCGUGAGGUAGAUGAAUCAUUGAGUCGGCCUCUGACGUGUCAAAUAAAAGAGGGAGGCGAUCGAAGAAUCAAAGCGGGGCAAGGUUGCAAACCAAUUUCCAACAACUAAGUAAUUAUAUUGAAAGAUGAGUAAAAAUAACGAGAAUGGAAUAUCUCUGGCAACACCUCCAGCUAUUCACGUUGGUCCGAUAGUGAACCCAGGCACUAACGAGACCAUUUCUAUCGUAAUACCGUUAGCAACUGUUACCAGUCAAAAAAUUGAAAAUUCAUGCAAAGAUUGCAAUAAAGAUGCCAAACAUUCCUCCAACAAUAUCAAUUCUCGGCCAAAAAACGAUAAAACCAAGGGAUGUCCUUAUCCUGGUUGCACCAGGUAUGGUAGAGCUUUCUCUAGGGCACACGAUCUGAAACGCCAUAUUGCUCGUCAUGAAAUGAGAAAAGAAAAAUUAUGUGAUUAUGAAAAUUAUAAGCAACGACAAAAUGAUAAAGAAAGUAUUGAGAGUAUAACAAAUGGAAUAAUCAAUAGACAACAUAUUGUUUGGAAUAACGAAUCACACGAAAAAUCUUAUUCCUGUUUACACUGCAAGAGGAAGUACACUAGCGAGAUCAAACUUAAGGCUCAUAUGAGUUCUCAUGAAAAGAUUCCAGGCAAAAAUAUGUGUGCUCUAUGUGGAACAUGUUCCCGAAACGAAGAAGAAUUACAAGAGCAUAUGAAACAGCAUACAACAAAUAUAUUAGAAUCUCAAACAGCAUUAGAGAAUAGUGAAAAAGAACAACCAGACAAAGAAGAUGACUUCCUGCUCGAGGAAAUGUUACUUCUCAAUAAAAAUCCACGAAGAACUAUGCAACAAGAAAAAAAUAAUUCAAAUACAGUAUCCAAGAUAAGAUGUGACUAUUGUUCUAAAACUUUCAAGACCAAAUGGACAUUGAGCUCCCACGUAGCAGCUCACGAAGGCCGUUUUCAAUUUGAUUGCGGUCAAUGUGGUAAAAAAUUCGUCAGAAAAAGCCAUUACGAAGGUCAUAUGAGAUCCCAUGAAGCUGCAAGACCCUAUGUUUGCGAACAAUGUGGAAAAACAUUUAAAGAAUUGAAACACAGAAGAGAACAUACUAAAAGGAAACAUCCUACCAAUCAAAACGCAAUCCAAACACUUCUGGAUAGCAUCAGCCCUUGUGGAUCUGAGGAAGUACCGGUAGAUCAAACGAAGUUCACGCUUUUGAUGCCUGUUAAUUUUUCCGUGUAGUCUUGAACAUGAUUUAUCCUGAAAUAGUUAAAAAUGAUUAGAUAAAUGCGUAAUCUUGUUAAGUAUGGAAAACGAUAAAAAUUUUGUUUUAAUAUGAUAAAAAAAUUUUGACAUUAAUUUUGAUUUUAAAUUUAGAAGAUGUUAAAUCCUUUUUUAAUGAGGAUUAACGAAACAGGGUUUGAAGAACUAAAAUAAGAUUUAAAAUAAAAGUUUUUAG